AUGGCGACAACUACGGAUACCAAGAACUACAAGUUCAACCACUCCAUGCUCCGGGUGAAGGACCCGAAGGCAUCCGUCAAAUUCUACGAGUUCCUCGGCAUGAGCGUGGUCAAGAAGCUGCAGUUCCCCGAUGCCAAGUUUGAUCUCUACUUCCUCUCCUACGACUCGCCGAAGGCCCUCUCGCAUGGAAAUAGCACCUUUGAUCGGGAAGGCGUUAUCGAGUUGACGCAUAAUUAUGGCACGGAGGACGAUGCGAAUUUCAAGGUUAACAAUGGCAAUGCGGAGCCGCACCGUGGGUUCGGCCACGUGUGCAUCAGCGUCGACCAUAUCCAGGCCGCAUGCCAGCGCAUCGAGGAUGCGGGCUACCGGUUCCAGAAGAAGCUGACGGACGGCCGGAUGAAGCACAUUGCUUUCGCGCUCGAUCCCGACGGGUAUUGGGUGGAGAUCAUAUCCAAGAUGAUAGGGAGCAAGGGCGCGGACGACCCGGAGGAAAAGGGACAGCAGACGGAUCCGGGGACUUAUCGCAUGAACCACACCAUGAUACGUGUCAAGGACGCCGAGAAGUCGCUCAAGUUCUACCAGGACGUCCUGGGCAUGAACCUGUUCCGCACCGUCGAGCAGUCGGCCGCCGGCUUCAACCUGUACUUCCUCGGCUACCCGGGCUCCAAGGGCGUGCCCGAGAACGGGUUCACAGCCGACUACGAGGGCCUGCUGGAGCUGACGUGGAACUAUGGCACCGAGAAGGACGACAGUUUCAAGUAUCAUGACGGCAAUGCGGAACCGCAGGGGUUUGGACAUAUCUGUGUCUCUGUCGACAACAUCGAUGCCGCGUGCUCGAGAUUCGAGAGCAUGGACUGCAACUGGAAGAAGCGACUCACGGAUGGGCGCAUGAAGAAUGUCGCUUUCCUGCUGGAUCCUGAUGGAUACUGGGUCGAGGUCGUGCAGAACGAGCGGUUUGCUGGGAAGGAGAACUUUUAG